AUGACGUGCCGAGAUCGGACCAACGAGUUCCAGUCCGCCUGUAAAUCCCUACAGAGUAGACCGAAUGGCAUUCAUGCCAUCAGCAAACCAGCCCUCAGUGCUCUCAAGCAGCGCAGUGACUUCACUCUCAUGGCCAAGAGAAUAGGGAAGGACUUAAGCAAUACGUUUGCCAAACUGGAGAAGCUCACUAUAUUGGCUAAAAGAAAGUCUUUAUUCGAUGACAAGGCCGUGGAGAUCGAGGAGUUAACCUAUAUCAUCAAGCAGGACAUUAACAGCCUAAAUAAGCAGAUAGCCCAACUUCAGGGCCUGAUCCGUUCCCGUGGAGCACCAGGUGGCAGACACAUUCAGACCCAUUCAAACACCAUAGUGGUCUCCCUCCAGUCCAAGCUGGCGUCUAUGUCCAAUGACUUCAAGUCGGUUCUAGAAGUUAGAACCGAGAACCUGAAGCAGCAGAAGAGCAGAAGAGACCAGUUCUCCCAGCCCCGUGUCUCAUCUUCUCCUCUCCUUGCCAACAAUUUUAGGAGUUCGGUGUUGAUGCAGGAUGAGUCGAGGAGUAUGGGGGGUGAGGUUUCCAUCGACAUGGACAACCAGUCCAACCCUCUGCAGCUCCAGCUCAUCGACGAGCAGGACUCGUACAUUCAGAGCCGGGCAGACACCAUGCAGAAUAUUGAGAGCACCAUUGUGGAACUGGGCUCCAUCUUCCAGCAGCUGGCUCACAUGGUGAAGGAGCAGGAGGAGACCGUACAGAGGAUUGACGCUAACGUGGAGGACACUCAACUCAACGUGGAAAUGGCUCACACAGAGAUCCUCAAGUACUUCCAGUCUGUCUCCUCCAAUCGCUGGCUCAUGGUCAAGAUCUUCCUUGUCCUCAUUGUCUUUUUCAUCAUCUUUGUGGUCUUCCUUGCCUAAACGGGGAGAAACUACAGAGGAGGAAGAUAUGGAAGAGGGAAAAGUAAUUUUUUUUCUGACAGUUGGUGUCGCUCCCAUGAAACGUUAGUCAACCAGUAGCUCAGACAGUCAUGCUAUCUGACAUAAGACAGUGAGGAAGUUGGACUGUGACCAAGGCUUGCCAAAGCAACAGAACAGUGGGACUGGUUGAGUGUUAUUAGAUGGUUUUGGAAUUUAGAUCCAGCGGACCAAGAAACAAUGUUAUUAGUCUGCAGUCUGAAGUCUUGAAGAGUGAUACUGGAGUCACUCUAUCAUUUCUAGUAGUUUUUUCUCUCCCUGCAGAGAUUUCUGAAGUACCCCUAAUGAAAAGGAUAUUGUAUCAAAACACACUUUGUUUACUAUCAACAGAAUAAUUUUCUGUUCAUUUCUUUCUUUUUAGAGACUAAUUCAUAAACAUUUAAUCAAAAAUUGAUAUUAUUUAAUGGUUUGAUUCUGCAAACUAGUUUUGGUUUUUGGUUGAUUUUCUUUUACCCCAUUUACAGCAAAUCAGGAAUUGCUCAUCAGCUUCCUGUACUUGACAUGAGGGCCACACAACAGGCUGGAGAUUCUUUCUCAAAAUGUCAUCUUUCAUUUUUGUCUCUCAUUCUUAAUCUCUUUUUACUAAAGAGACUAACAUUUCUCACUAUCAUUCACGCUACGCAUGAGAGAGAACCUGUUUUUGUUUAUUUUAAUUUAUUUUUGCUUCAAAGUUCUCUUAUUUGCCAAAAUGGGUACUUUCAAUUUCAAAGAAAUGUGACAAGGCACCUUCUGUGGUCCAAGCUGUUAAUGGGGUAAAGGAGGUGUUAAAUUGAAGAACUUGUUUUAGACCCAAUCGUAAACACAAUGUGACUGGUCAGACCUGGUCAAUUAGUACUGUAUCUAUUAAUGCAGAUUUAACAGCUCGCACAGGGCUGUCUUUGUGCUGUUGCCUGCGUGUGUAUCCCAACUUACUAUUUUCUAUUUAGUACCCUGCUUUGACCUGGAUGAAAUAAAGCCCCAAAUGGGGGAUAGGGUUUUAUUUCGUAUGAAUCCUAUGUUACUACUUUCCAUGGUCAUUUGUGAUAAACCUUCAUCAAGAGUUAUUUUUUUAUUUUAUUUUUGGCUAUGAACAGGUGACAUCUCACUGGUUAUGACUGGGUUACUAGGUUAUGUAGGACUUAAAGUAUGUUCGUGAAGCAAAUUUGUUUAACAAACAUCUGCAAAUUCUCUGCAGUUUGUCAGUUUAGACCUCACUGCUUUAUAGACUCUGUCGUCUACAUGCCUCUCCGAGGACAGAUGUUUAUGUGCAGGCUAUUAUUUAACAACCAGAAUGUUUUAAAUAUGAAAACUCCUAUUCCUUCCCUCUUUUUUUUUUUUGCCCAUUGCCUUGACUUCUGUGUACAAAGUGCAAAUAGUGAUAAUGUAUUGAAAUUAAGUGCAUAUUAAAGAAGAACAAUCAGGAA